AGAGAGAAGGAUUAACGGUGCAAUAUAAGUAGGCCGUGAAACCAAUCAGCCUUUUGAUCACUUUCAGGUCCCAAAGUCAUAACCGACGCGCGUUCGCUUCCUUCACCAAACGGGCAACCACUUCAUAAAGGCAAACCCGACCUCCUCUGUCUUAAUUCUCCUCUUCUUCCUCUGCCUUACCCUACUUUCUGGGUCGUUCAUGGAGAAUCAGAAUCCUUCAUCAAAGCCGCCUAAGGCCACCCCUUGGGACUGUGGCAGCACACUCUAUGACUCCUUCGAGCUCAACUCCUUCAAGCGCCAACUCGACUCUGCUAUCGCCAAUUCCGCCAGAAGUCUCUCCAUGCCUCACAUCUCCGACCGCCGACUUCCGCCCCCUCCUCCUCUUCCGCCGACCAUGUCCAAAAAGCCCUUCAAAAUCUCUCGCUCCCUCCAUAAAUUCCUUCGCUCCGUUUUCAAGCUCAACCAUAAUCAUAACCAUAAUCUUCAUAAAUCUUCAUCCGUUAAUUCUUCUAGUAGUAGUUUCGAGGUGCCGCAGAAAUCCAGAGAGCGUUUCUUUGUAGUUUACGACAAGUCAGUGCCCGUGCUCUCCUCCAUCCCGGAGCUGCCGGAGUUCGAGAUCCCUAAGGUUUCGCCGGAUAUCACUUCUCUGGUCAAAAGGUCAGCUUCGGAUCGCUUCACGCCCACGACAAUCGGUAUUUCCUGUGCCUGAUAACUGACCCAGCUGGUUUUUAGGCAGCAUGAUCGUAUAUUACUUUAUAGGUUUAUUAGUAUCAUGGUGAUAAUAACGUAGCAUGUGUGAAUAACGUGUGCUAGAUUUCUGGAUUAUUCUGUUGUUUUCGUGAUCCGGGAUGUGUUAUUUUUGUCUUUUCCUUUGUUUUAUACUUAUCUGGAAGAUGAGACGCUGCUGGUUUGACCAUUAUGUGAUAUUAGGUAUAGUUUAUGAAAUAAUAGGGAAAGUUUGCUUGACUUUUUCGUCAGGCAAUAUAUGGAAA